AUGUUUUCUCUUCUUGUUACUCCAGCAGUUCUUCUUAGACAUCUCUGUUGUGUUACUCCAGCAGUUCUUCUUAGACACGUCUGUUGUGUUACUCCAGUAGUUCUUCUUAGACAUCUCUGUUGUGUUACUCCAGCAGUUCUUCUUAGACAUGUCUGUUGUGUUACUCCAGCAGUUCUUCUUAGACAUCUCUGUUGUGUUACUCCAGCAGUUCUUCUUAGACAUGUCUGUUGUGUUACUCCAGUAGUUCUUCUUAGACAUCUCUGUUGUGUUACUCCAUCAAUUCUUCUUAGACAUCUCUGUUGUGUUACUCCAGUAGUUCUUCUUAGACAUCUCUGUUGUGUUACUCCAGCAGUUCUUCUUAGACAUCUCUGUUGUGUUACUGCAGCAGUUCUUCUUAGACAUCUCUGUUGUGUUACUCCAGUAGUUCUUCUUAGACAUCUCUGUUGUGUUACUCCAGUAGUUCUUCUUAGACAUCUCUGUUGUGUUACUCCAGCAAUUCUUCUUAGACAUCUCUGUUGUGUUACUCCAGUAGUUCUUCUUAGACAUCUCUGUUGUGUUAUUCCAGUAGUUCUUUUUAGACAUCUCUGUUGUGUUACUCCAGCAGUUCUUCUUAGACAUCUCUGUUGUGUUACUCCAGCAAUUCUUCUUAGACAUCUCUGUUGUGUUACUCCAGCAGUUCUUCUUAGACAUGUCUGUUGUGUUACUCCAGUAGUUCUUCUUAGACAUGUCUGUUGUGUUACUCCAGCAGUUCUUCUUAGACAUCUCUGUUGUGUUACUCCAGAAAUUCUUCUUAGACAUCUCUGUUGA